UCCCGCGACCGCCAGCGCCGGUGCCAGCGCCGCAGCCCGGGCUCCGAGGAGCAAGCCGAGCCGCUCAGCGCCAGAGCCGCGGAGAUGGGCAACGCGGCCACCGCCAAGAAGGGCAGCGAGCUGGAGAGCGUGAAAGAAUUCCUGGCCAAGGCCAAAGAGGAAUUUCUCAAGAAAUGGGAAGCCCCGGCGCAGAACACGGCCCAGCUGGAGCACUUCGACCGCAUCAAGACCCUGGGCACGGGCUCGUUCGGCCGCGUGAUGCUGGUGAAGCACAAGGAGACGGGCAACCACUUUGCCAUGAAGAUCCUGGAUAAGCAGAAGGUGGUGAAGCUGAAGCAGAUCGAGCACACCCUGAACGAGAAACGCAUCCUGCAGGCUGUCAACUUCCCGUUCCUCGUCCGGCUCGAGUAUUCCUUCAAGGACAACACCAACCUGUACAUGGUGAUGGAGUACGUGCUGGGCGGGGAGAUGUUCUCCCACCUGCGGCGCAUCGGCCGCUUCAGCGAGCCCCACGCACGCUUCUAUGCUGCCCAGAUCGUGCUGACCUUCGAGUACCUGCACUCGCUCGACCUGAUCUACCGGGACCUGAAGCCCGAGAACCUGCUCAUCGACCAGCACGGCUACAUCCAGGUGACGGACUUUGGGUUCGCCAAGCGCGUCAAAGGCCGGACCUGGACCCUGUGCGGGACCCCCGAAUACCUGGCCCCCGAGAUCAUCCUGAGCAAGGGCUACAACAAGGCCGUGGACUGGUGGGCCCUGGGAGUCCUCAUCUACGAGAUGGCAGCGGGCUACCCCCCCUUCUUCGCCGACCAGCCCAUCCAGAUCUACGAGAAGAUCGUUUCCGGCAAGGUUCGCUUCCCCUCUCACUUCAGCUCCGACCUGAAGGACCUGCUCCGCAACCUGCUCCAGGUGGACCUCACCAAGCGCUACGGCAACCUCAAGAACGGCGUCAACGACAUCAAGAACCACAAGUGGUUCUCCACCACCGACUGGAUCGCCAUCUACCAGAGGAAGGUGGAAGCUCCCUUCAUCCCCAAGUGCAAAGGCCCCGGUGACACAAGUAACUUCGAAGACUACGAGGAGGAAGAGAUCCGAGUCUCCAUCACCGAGAAGUGCGCCAAGGAGUUUGCUGAGUUCUAGGCGUGGCCCCCUAGUGGCUUCCUUUUUGGGGGCGGGGGUGGGGGGUUGGAUGGAGCAGCCAGAAGGCCCCAGAUUUCCUGGCAUCUUCUUUUUUCCCUCGGGAGAUCAGAAAGCUGAGGUAUUUGCAGGCCGCGAGGGAGAUUCAAAUCCCAGAUGGCCCCCUUCCCUCUCCUUCCCUCUCCCCACUGCUUCCCCCCUCCCCCUUGCUGGCUUACCCCCAACAGGUAGACCCCGUGGCUGGGUUCCCUCCGCUCUCUGCCCAACUCCAUGCAAGUCGUGAGUCAGUUUUCCAGCCCCGAGCCUUAUCACCAUCACCAAAGCGAGAUGCAGCUUUUUCUCCCCUCCCCCACUCCCUCCCCCCUCCCCCCCGGGUGGUAUCUCCGUCCCACGGGUCGGGCCCCUGCUUUGGGAGCUCCCCAAGAUUCCAUUGGUGCUGGAUAGUUAGAGCAGGGGAGCCAGGGGGACCCCAAGUUGGAAAUCCUUCCAUUCCUAAGACUGCUGCAAUCCCGCAUUAUCCUCCCGCAUCCCCUUCCUAACCUCUCCCCUGUAACCUUAGAAGCUUAUCCAUGGGCAAAAAAAGACAGCCAGAAAGAUUCGGCCAGUUUCCUCCCCAUCCCACCCCUCCCCUGAGAGACAGAGACAGACAGACAGAUCCUGCCUAGGAAGAGGUUGGGGAAAUGUAUCGGGGCUUCUUUCUAUCGAAAACGAAACAAAACAAAUCACACCAAACCAGACCGAACGGAUCUGGUUCGUAUUCUUGAGGUCGUACUUGCCCCUCCCUCCUUUUUGCCCUCCCACCAUCCCCUGCCGGCCCCCGCCAAAGCUUUUGAUGUGUCUGGAUUUGCUUAGGUCGAAGGCCACGGAAGCUUGGAACCUCUGGGAUCUUAGCAGAUGGCUUGAGCUAGGUCCGUGGCCUACGGAAGGGGCUUUCUGGCUGAUCUCAUCCAAGGGUUUGGGAAAAGAAUGGCUAGAUCCCCACUGCGGGUGGGGAGGGGAGGGUCUCCUGCCAAACUGGAGAGAGACUUGCCCGUCCCCACCCCCCAACUCCCACUGAUUUCCCUCCCUCGGAACCUCCCCCACUCCCCAGUUCUUGCGUCCCUAAGGCUAGGGCGCCAGAAAAGAGCAUUACCCACCCCACCCCACCCCACCCCACCCCACCCCACCCAGGUUAACUGGUUUUUGAUCCCUGCCAAAGAGGGCUCCCAGAAAUUCCUGGGCCACACCUACAAUUUAGCCAUCCUUAUCUCUAGAUUUUUCAUCUCCAGACACUGAUUUGCCACCCUGUCUGGGAUUGUCACUCCCCAGAAGCUCGUUGGCGAAGAUAGCCCACCAAGGGUGGGGAAGAGGAGAGGGAAUGGGGGAGGGAGGGGGGCUGGGAGCAAGGGAACAGGAAGUGGCACAGCUCUAAGGUAAAGAGCUUCCUUUUGCCCUGAGAAUGCCAAUUUUAUUCACCUGGUGGCCUCGCCACCAUCCCCCAUCCCCAGAGGCCCCCUUCAUCUGGCUUAACUGACAGCUAUCCAUCGCUCUUUUCACUGGCCCCUUGUUGAGGCUUCUGAAUUAUCCUAAUUGCUUCCCCUCUCUCUAGCAAAUAGCUCGAUGGAGAGCAGUCAUCUUCUCUCCAUCCCCCUUCGCUUGUUGUGUCCCUCUCUCAAAUUUCCCCCACCCUUGAAGGAGCUCAGAGGCCAGGCGGAGGGGUGGGGGAUACCUGAGAGAUUCAACCUGUGUGAUUCGAAGACAUCUGUUUCACGGAAAUGACUUCCGCUAUAAUGGUGUGCUUUGUUGUGAACAUUAUUUGAAAUCCAUUACCAAUAAAGUUUUGUUUUAAAAAAAAAA